GCGGCGACGCUCGGAGGUGUGCUUGUGUGUGAGUUGUUGGAUUGGGCGGCAUGCGCUGGCAUCCCCUGUCCGACCGUCAGAAAGCGCUCAACGUUGGUCCGGUGCAGAAGUGCGUGCUCCGUGUGUGCGUCCGAUCAGCUUUUGCUCUGCCUUGUAGUGGGGCCCGCGCGCGCCCCCGUGUUUUGUCCCUUCGAUCGGUCGAUCGGUGUAGUGUAUCCUUUUACGUGUGCGUGUGUGUGUGAACCGGCGUGAAUGGUUGCCGAUUGCGUGGCCGGAAGUGUGACACCUUCAAGUACGUGUGAUUAAAGUGUACAACACUAGAACAGCACACACGGUCACACACGCUCGGUGCCGUGUCUGUCUCUGUCUCUCUAGCCGCGUGUGCGUGUGGUUCAGGGCUCAGAAAACGGCUUCACCAGCCGCCGUAGAACGGCGUGGUAGAACGACACAGCAAAGGAGAAGUGUGAAGCAGGCAAGCGAAAAUAAAAACGAGGCUGUGGGGCAAAGUAGCAAUCGUGCGCGCGCGCGCCUCCUCCGUGCGCAGAAGAUCAAUGUCGCGGUGAUAAGCAGGCGAGCUCGGCCGCCCGCGCGUUCCUGUUGUGCCUUGCGGCGAAAUUCUACAAAGGUGAAAGAGCGCAAAUCCUUUUGCCACAACAACAACACACACACGGGCACAAACGAGGAUCUCCCGGCAGCGAAAGACGCCCUUGAAAGUUUUGCCCAUUCCAUUGCCAACGUCAUCGGAACUCAUCAAACAGUCGGAGGCAGCGAGAGUGAAGAUUCCACCACCCUCCGGCCUCCCGUUCCUACCCUCCCACCUGCUUCCUUCCACUUUUAAAGGGAAGCUAUUUUAGGAAGAAUUCCCCCCCCUCCCCCCCCGCCGUGCGUCUUUGUUAGUGAGCGCGUCGCGAGUGCAACAAAUUCUCAAAUCAAACGCUUCCGCUGGCCGUACAGGUUGCGCCAUUACCACGACACCCGCCCCACACCUCCCGAGGGCGAUAGUACAGUUUGAUCGCCCUUCCCUCUGCGCACCGUUUUCCACCUAUCUACACCCCCCCCUCCCCCCACCCGCCCUGCAAUCGUGGGAACCAGGUGGGCUCGUUCGGUUUGAAGGUAGCCUUCACAGGCCUCCCCUGCGUGCGUGCGUGUGUCUACGUGAAUGCGUGCCGGUGUUCUGUUGUCGCUGCGUGUGUGCCGUUCUUCUGACAGCUUAAUGUGGUAGCACCAACAACAACAACAAAAACAAACACACAUCUAAGUGCGCGUCUGCGGUGCAGUUGCAGUUUGCAGCAGGUUGCAUCAUAGCCGCAGCCCGGCUGGUAGCGACCUUCUCCACUUCUUUCCUCCCUGCAUUUAUAUAUUGGACCCGCCGGAGCCGGAGCCCAUUCAGCGAACGUCGCGGACGGUUUUCUAAGUUCUUGGACAUCGCCACGACGUACGAUCGCACCAUGUCGGUCACGAUCGUGCUGUUCUACACGUUCGUCACGCUGUUUAUGUUUCUGUCCUACAACCCGAAGCCGAAGAAGAUCGUCGAGUCGAUCCGCAGCUUCCUGCUGCAUCUGCUGCAGCACAAUGGCGAUGCUGGAGCUGGUAGUGGUGGACUGCAGGCAGCAACGGCCUGCAACGCAGCGCAGACAUCGCCUGUGUCGCCGCCCGCACCAUCCCCCCCGCCGAACGACGCCGGUGUGCCGACGGUGCGAUCGAUCUGGGACAUACCGGGACCGCGCCGGCUGCCCUUGAUCGGCACCAAGUGGCGCUACUUUUUCGGCCGCCACCGGUACGCCAAGGUGCACGAAACGUUCAUGGAGAUGCACCGCCGGUACGGGCCGAUCAUGCUCGACGUCGACACCGUGCCGAUCGUGAACCUGUUCGAUCGUGCCGACAUGGAGAAGGUGCUCCGGUACCCGAGCCGCUACCCGUUCCGCCCGCCGACCGAGAUCGUCGAGGUGUACCGCAGCAGCCGGCCGGACCGGUUCGGUGUGACCAAUCUGAUCAACGCCCAAGGGGCAAAGUGGCACGAGCUGCGGGCCAAGCUGACCACCGGCAUUACCUCCCGCCGGGUGCUGCAGGCGUUCAUUCCGUCGGUCAACGAGAUCUGUGACGAUUUUGUCGAUCUGGUGCGCCGGCAGCGGGCGGACGAUGGCACGAUCCGCAACUUCCAGGACAUUGCCAACUCGGUCGGGCUGGAGAUUAUCUGCUGCCUUGUGCUCGGUCGCCGCAUGGGCUAUCUGACGACCAACCGGCAGAAUGCGAAGUUUAUGCGGCUGGCCGAAGCGGUCAAGGAGUCGUUCGUGUACAUCGGCGAGAGCUACUUCGGGCUGAAGCUGUGGAAGUACGUGCCGACGCGGCUCUACAGCAACUUUGUCCGGUGUGAGGAGAUCAUCUACGAAACGAUUGCGGAAAUCGUUUAUGAGGCGCUCGAGGAAGAGCAGCUCAACUGUCCCGAUAACGAUGUGAAGCACAUCUUUAUCAGCAUCCUGCAGACCGAGGGGCUGGAUACGAAGGAAAAGAUAUCCGGCAUCAUUGACCUCAUCACCAGUGCCAUAGAAACGCUAUCCAACACGCUCUCGUUCCUGCUGCACAACCUCAGCCAGACGGUGGAGUAUCAGCGCGAGAUUGCGCAUGAGUUCGCCCACUGUGUGCAGCACAUCACGAACGAGGAUCUGGUGAGCGCCCGGUUCACCAAGGCCUGCAUCCAGGAGUCGUACCGCAUCUCGCCCACGACGCCCUGCUUGGCGCGCAUCCUCGAGGAAGACUUCCAGCUGUCCGGGUACCAUCUGCAGGCGGGAACACUCGUACUGUGCCAUACGCGAGUUGCCUGCCUGAGUGAGGACAACUUCCAGCAGGCGGAUCGCUUCCUGCCGGACCGUUGGCUCGAGCAGCGGGACGAGAACGAUAACGUGGUGAACAAGCGGGCGGAACCGGGCGCAUCAGUCGUACUGCCCUUUGGCAUCGGGCGGCGUAUGUGCCCCGGCCAGAAGGUGAUCGACAUCGAGCUGACGCUCCUGGUGGCAAAGAUAUUCCAAAACUUUGAAAUCGAGUACCGCAGCCCGCUCGAUACACAGUUCCAGUUCCUGCUAGCACCGCGCACACCGAUCGAGAUUCGGUUCCGGGAUCGGACGUAGUGACGUUCCCCUCUACCCCGGGGACACUUCUGUUCCGUUCGCAACUACCUCGUACUACACAAGUUCCGGUACUAUUAGGAAGCGGGUGAUGCUGCUUAGUAGAUUUGCAGAAAGCGGGACGUACACCCGGCUACGCCCGUUUAGAAUCAUAUUGAUUAGAUCGCGCUGCGCGAUCAGCAGAACUACCUUGAAUAGAGAACUGAUAUAUUAAUAUGAAUUCCUAGUGUAGAGUAGUAGCAGGCAAACCCUAGCAACCGGUCAGGAUCCACGAUCACACUAUAAAACUGACUGUACUGUAGAGACUGUGUAGCCUAUUACUGUUGUGGCCUGUGAAUCGCUCUAGUAAGGGGAAAGGCUAUUAGAAAGGCUUAGACCCGAGUAAUCGACGCGAACUGCGCGAGCUUGCUUUUACGUCAGGUCAUUAGCGUACCGCCAUCAUGCGUUGAUACAGCGAAGGGAUGGGAAGGGUUGGCUCGUUUUGUGCGACCGAAGAUACACUAUUUAUUACGUAUACAGCUCCAGAUGUACAAAUUUACCAGUUAUUUAAGCAAUAUAUAUAAACAAAAUAUCUAA